CUGCGCCCAACGCCGGCGUUUUUGAAUCCGCGCGUGGGGCUGCCGCAGAGCCCCGGCCCCAUGGAGCCUGAUCCCGAUGCGGAUCCCGAUCCCUGCUGCAGCGUCCGGUGCCGCGCGGCCGUGGAGCACGAGGCGGGCGCGGGGCGGCGCCGCACGAUCCGGGACGCGCGCGUGGCCCUGGCCCGCAACGAGCUGCGCGAGCUGGUGCUGGAGCUGCGCGGGGCCGCGGGCGCGGGCACGGCCGAGCGUUUCGUGCUGGGCGGCGGCGCGCGCGUGUUCGGCCGGUUCGCGCGCGCGGGGAAGGGCGCGGUGCGCGUGGGGCCGCGCGGCCCCCUCGUGCUCGUGUCCGACUGCGCCCCCGCGCGCCUCCGCCGCUUCCUCGCGCUGCUGCGCCUCAAGCUGGAGGCGGCGCGCGCGGCCCCGCCCGUCCCCGCGCGCGCGCGCCUCCUGCCCGGCGCCCCCCGCGCCCUGCAGCCGCUCAGCCCCGCGCAGCCCCUCGCCGCGCGCCCCGGCCCCGGCCCCGGCCCCGCGCAGCCGGAGCCGCAGCCGGAGCCACGCCUGGGCCCGGCGCGCGAGGAGCAGCAGCAGCCGACGGCGCGGCCCCGGCCCGGGCCCGGGCCCGGGGCCAGACUCUCGCAGGAGCAGGCGCUGGUGCUGAGCGCGGCGCUGAGCGGCAGGAGCGUCUUCUUCACGGGCAGCGCUGGGACUGGGAAAUCAUACCUGUUGAAGAAAAUCCUGGGUUCGCUUCCACCAAAGAGCACCUAUGCUACAGCCAGCACAGGAGUGGCUGCUUGCCACAUUGGGGGUACCACGCUGCAUGCCUUCGCAGGCAUUGGUUCUGGGAAGGCACCACUGGAGCAGUGUAUUCAGUUGGCCCAAAGGCUGGGAGUGCGUCAACACUGGCUGGGCUGCCAGCACUUAAUUAUCGAUGAGAUCUCAAUGGUGGAUGGCGAGUUCUUUGAUAAGCUGGAGGCUGUGGCCAGAGCAGUCAGGAAACGGGAUGACCCCUUUGGAGGCAUACAGCUGAUCAUCUGUGGGGACUUCCUGCAGCUGCCCCCAGUCUGCAAGGGCAAUGACCAAAUCAAGUUCUGCUUCCAGGCCAAGAGCUGGAGGAAGUGUAUCCAUGUGAACAUGGAGCUGACAGAGGUGCGGAGACAGACUGACAAGGCCUUCAUCUCACUCCUGCGUGCAGUCCGCCUGGGCAGGUGCCCAGACGAGGUCACUUGGCAGCUGACCCAGACGGCUGCCAACAGGGUUGAGAGGGAUGGGAUCCUGGCCACGCGGCUCUGCACACACAAGGAUGAUGUGGAGCUGACAAAUGAGAGGCGACUACAGCAGCUGCCAGGAGAGAGACGCUGCUUUGAGGCUGUGGACAGCGACCCCAUGCUGGCCAAAUUAAUUGAUGCCCAGUGUCCAGUAGGUCACCACAUUGAGCUGAAGCCUGGAGCCCAGGUGAUGCUUACCAAGAAUUUGGAUGUGUCUCGGGGCCUGGUGAAUGGGGCACGCGGGGUUGUCGUUGAAUUUGAAGCUGGAGGGAAAGGGCUUCCUAGGGUGAGAUUCCUUUGUGGGGUCACAGAGGUCAUCAAGCUGGAGCGAUGGAUCUUCAAAGGGCCUUCUGGCGUUCAUUUGAGUCGCCAGCAGUUGCCCCUAAAAUUGGCCUGGGCUAUUUCCAUCCACAAGAGCCAGGGCAUGUCGCUGGACUGUGUGGAGAUCUCCCUGUCUCGUGUCUUUGAAAGUGGCCAGGCUUAUGUGGCCCUUUCCCGAGCUCGGAGCCUCAAGGGCCUCCGUGUCCUGGACUUUGAUCCCAAGGUUGUGAAAGCCAACCCACAAGUGCUGCAGUUCUACAGUCAGCUGCGAAGGGACCAAAUUCUCAUACAGGCACCUCUACACAGGUAUGCUGACACCGAUGAGAAGGAGAAUUGGGAAUCCAGCUGAGGACAGAUGGGCUACCUCAGACACAGCAAGGACUGCUCUGUUGUCAAGAAUCUCUUGCUGCAGGUGGAAUCCCAUAGUUCUUGGAAUGUGUUUGCUUCCUCGUGGUCAUGUGUGGAUUUGGAGCCACAGUAUGAAACAUUCAGAUGUUUUGGCUGAUAACAUUUUCUCUGGAGAAAACUCAUCUUGUGCCUGUCCAGAGUGGGAGGCAGUGUCUCUAUACUCUCUCUUCCUGAUAUGUGCAGUUGUGAGCCUUGGGACUUAGAAGAGGCCAAGUUGGUAUCAUGGAGGACUUCUUCUUCUUAAGAGCUGCUAGCUUGGGGAGGGGUGGGGGCGUUGUUGCACAGAAGAGAUGCUGUUGAACAGCUGGAGCUUGCUUCUCUGCUGCAAGCAGGCUAGCUCUGGCUCUGCACGAGCCACCCUCUGGCUGUUGCUCUGUAGGCCAUUGAGUGCAGCAUCGUGCUGCUUGCAGUACUUUGUACCCCCUGCCUUUCUCCCCUGGCUGUGGGCAGGGCUCAGCACUUGCAGUAUUUGGUGAAAUUAGGUGAAAUCAUAAAUCCUCUCAAUUUUGAAAAACUUUUAGAUUCAAUAAAAAGGGCCCAUGAUUUUGUA